AUGCAUUUACUUAUUGCAAGCGAAGCAUCCUAUAUUAUUCUCAUUGCACUGUACACAGUCUGCUCGCACGAAAUGUGUUUUGUUUCAUGCAAGAAGUCAAGAACUAUCAUCCAGCUUGAACUUUUGGGGAUCACUAUUCACACCUUACAAUUGCUUUGCAGGAUAACAUUCACCCCGACUGUGCAGCAUUGCAGUAUGGCUACGGUGACUGGCCUGUGCCUCAGGCUUAAGUUGAUGCAAAACCCGCGCGACUUGGUUAGGCUGAGGCCAUCACUGAGGCUGGAUACAUGCAUGUGGACACAGCCACGGCCACAGCUCCCCGGCAACCAAGACGGUGACAGCAUCGACGGGAUCCUCGGACGACCUGCGUCCUUCUGCCUGUGUCCUUCCCCAACCAUGCCCAUGACCUGCAUCCAGCUGCUCCUGCCCCGGCCCUCCUCAACUUCGCUCCUGGUGAGCUGCUGUAGGUGA